AUGUUGUCCGACCUGGAGGCCGCCUUCGCCUCGGGCUGUCCCGACGAGACGGAGCUUGUGGUCGAGAAGGACCUGAACACGGGCCAGGCGAGCUGGCACGUGCGCGGUCGGGCCGACCCCGUGCUGGAGCGGUGCCGGCUCGAGGGCGAGGGCGGCGCCGACGUGGUCAUGCCGCAGGCGUUCAGACCUGGCCACGAGAAGAGUGCACCCCAUGUCGGGAGGAGAGAAGGCGGCAUGAGCAUCAUUUUUCGGAGGUCCCCGCGGAUUUCUCGAAUCUGCGCCGAGGGCCCCCAACGGCGCCGCCCCCAGCGCGCUCCUCGCGAUAGGGAUGUGGGUCUGGCUCAGACCCGAGAGUUUCGCGCGGAGGUCCGACAGUUCAUGUCUAUGCCGCGCGUUCUUCUUCCAUCCAUGGUAACGUCUUGCCGUUCACGGUCCACAAUCUGGACACCGGGGAGACCAACGUGA